GAUAUCAAUCAUGCUGCAGCCAAUGAUGACCCAAGCAAGUUUGCAGUGUUGGAAUCGGACGCUGAGAACGACGAUGGGGAUGAUGAGGACCUGCCUGGCGAUACCGCUGGAGAUGAUGCUGUGCAACUGCCAGUCCCUCCGGAAAUGCGAUUCGAUGGUCCGUUGCUGUCGUCACUCGGUGGGAUGGAGAACAUUGCGUCAGGCGCAGUGCCAGACACAUUUUUGAAAGAGAUGGGUGUGAAUGGCUGGUCUGAGUUGGCAACCCACACGCCGUACGACUACCUGCAAGAGCCUUAUGAGCUCCGGUCUCCUGCUUCAAUGUGUGAAGACUAUCCACACCUGUACGGUGGUGACUCUGGACCAACCCCAAGAGCCUUAGCAGCUGCCUCGACUCCUUCGGGAGCUUUCUUCUACUUUCUACAGCCUCAGCUUUGGGAGGACAUUGCUGCUGAGUCGACCGACUACUUUUCGGCGAAUAUCGACGAGCGUGUCGAAGGCCAACACGCAAAACAAGUCGCGCGAGAACGCAAGCACCCUGAAUACAAGGCCAAGUCGCAAGAAGCUAUUCACGAGGACGUGCUGAAAGCGCCACCCAUCGAGUCGAGAGAGCUGUGUGUCUUCAUCGGUCUUUUGAUAGCACGCUCCGUUGCACCAAACAAGGAAAAACUGGCGAAUCAUUGGAAAACGAGGAAAGAAGGCGCGAUACCUCGCGGUUGUUUCGGGUGUUUCAUGACGCGUGAUCGGUUCAUGCAUAUCUCCAGAAAUCUACAUUUCAGCCCGAAUGAUGAUCCAAAGGCCACGACAGACCGCGCUUGGAAGCUGCGUCCAGUUACCGACGCACUACAGGUGCGGUUUGCUGCUGGCUACACGCCACCUGCCAUUAUGGCGUUUGACGAGGCGCUGUUG